GUGGCCAUUUGUCUUUGCCCAUGACGACCAAUCGCGACGUUCAAAACAGCUGCGAAAAUUUGGUGAACGCGGCUGGCUAUUCCAUCGUUUAUAUCAUUUUAAUGUGGUGAUGUCGCUUGACGUUAGCCCCGCCAUCCUUCUUUUAGAAAACUAGGCGGCGAGUUUAAGCCACGCUCCGUGGAGGUGCUUAUAGGAGGAAUCUAGCCGUGGAACGGGCGAGGAACGGAUAUUGCUGGCUUCUUCCGACCUUCGCAGGGGACAACGUUUUAUGGCGCCUGAGAUAGCUUUGUCGAUUGAGUUCUUCACUGACAAUGCCAAUUGCACGUGGCUACCUAAGCGUGACCAUCGGACAGAAGGGUGGCUACUGACUGGUAAUCCACUGCCGCUCCUCGUUAUCACGGUCGCAUAUGUGUACUUCGUCACGGUGGUUGGUCCCCGCUGGAUGUCACGACGCAAGCCCUUUGAUCUAAAGACCUGUAUCCUAAUUUACAACCUUGUGGCCUCCCUGCUCAGUGCCUUUUUUCUGUGCCGCUUCGUAAAGCUCGCGUACUGGGACCUCGGCUACACCUUUCUGCAGGACCUCAAUACGACCGACUCACCUGCAAGCCACGAGAUCGUGCACUUGUCGUGGUGGCUUUACAUUUUCAAGUUGGGCGAGCUCGCCGACACCGUGUUCUUUGUACUGCGGAAGAAGAACAAGCAGAUCAGCGCGCUACACGUCGUGCACCACGUGAUCGUCCCCUGGAACUUGUGGAUGAACGUGACCUACGCCUCCCAGACACACAUGACGUUUAUCAUAUGCCUGAACUCUUUUGUGCACGUGUUCAUGUACACGUACUACUUUCUCGCGGCGCUUGGACCCGCUUACAAGCGGCUACUGUGGUGGAAGAAGUAUAUGACCAUGAUACAGAUUUUGCAAUUUUUCCUGCUGUCCGUGCACGCUGUUGGCAUGAUGUUCGCCAAGGGCAACUACGUGGGGCUCUUCGUGUGGCUCGAGGCAGCGCAGGCGAUCAUGCUCUUAGUGUGGUUCUGCACGUUCUAUGUCCAAGCCUACACAAAAAAGAACCCGUAGAUUCAUGCUCAGUAUAGUCAGCGAAAAAAAAGUAGUUUUUUUUUUAUUCCAGUACUUUUGACAUGCGUAAGCUGACCUGUCUAGCUUGAAGGCAACGCGCCGGAAACUGUCCUCAAAUGUGUUUUAAGUUCGUUUCGCUAUAUUAGGUGAAGACACUUACACCUUGACACCUACUUACAUUUUUAUGCAAUGUUGUGUGAAGUGUAGUUUUAAAAUUUGUAAAUUCAUUAUUUAUCAAAAAUUUGUGUAUGAAGCACCUCUUUCUUGUUGUCGCAAAUAAAUUUAUCUACGAGA